AUAGUCUGAGAUUAUAAGUGGAUACACAUCCUCUUCUGGGAGGUAUUGUCUGUUUCUAGCAUAAUAAGCCUGCAAUCGCAUUCCAUCCCCAUUAGAGAUGCAAUUCAGUUCUGCUCGAGAACCAGAGAAGCGCCAUGACUACCACUUAAUUCCUGAUUCAGGAUCCGCUUUGCCUGUGGAAACUGAUCUGAAGAACGAAAGAAGAAGAAGAGAAGGAGCACCGCAUCACAAAGACGAUGUCCCAGAGGAUAUUCCCCUGCAUAGAAAGGCUUACCUCAACAAAUACGCACUCGCCGGCGCCGUUUUGGCUUCCACAAACUCUAUUCUAUUGGGCUACGAUAUUGGGGUGAUGAGUGGCGCAGUGCUUUUCAUCAGGGAGAACCUGAAUGUUACAUCAACACAAAUUGAGAUCUUGGUGGGUUCUCUAAAUGUGUGUUCUUUGAUCGGAUCGCUUGCCUCAGGCAAGACUUCUGAUUGCAUCGGCCGGCGUUACACCAUUGUCCUAGCAGCAACCACAUUUCUUAUAGGUGCGCUUCUUAUGGGAUUUGCACCCUCUUUCUCAUUCCUCAUGGCCGGACGGUUAGUUGCUGGCAUCGGAGUCGGCUACUCCCUUAUGAUUGCUCCUGUGUACGUGGCUGAGCUCUCCCCAGAUCUUACUCGAGGCUUUCUCACCUCCCUCCCUGAAGUCUUCAUCAAUGUCGGAAUCCUUCUCGGUUACAUUGCUAAUUACACGUUAUCAGGUCUUCCACCGCAUAUAAACUGGAGAAUAAUGCUUGGACUCGCGGCUUUUCCGGCGAUUGCCGUUGCGGUGGGUGUAUUGGCAAUGCCAGAGUCACCGAGGUGGCUGGUCAUGAAAGGCCGCUUAGGAGAAGCAAAGCAGGUUUUAAUCCAUGUGUCGGAAACCAAAGAGGAAGCUGAAGGGAGAUUAGCAGACAUGGUGAAAGAUGCUUCUUUCUCCGGCCAUGGUGCUUCUUCAAGCAACUGGCACGGGCAAGGCGUUUGGAAAGAGCUACUGUUAAGACCGACUCGACCCAUCCGCCGGAUUCUCAUAGCUGCCAUUGGGGUGAACUUCUUUAUGCAAGCUUCCGGCAAUGAUGCGGUUGUGUAUUACAGCCCGGAAGUUUUCAGGGCCGCCGGAAUUCACAACAAGAAACAGCUUGUCGGCGUUACGGUAAUAAUGGGGAUUGCAAAGACAUCCUUUGUUCUAAUAUCAGCCUUCUUCUUGGACCGAUUCGGCAGGAGGCCGCUGUUGCUGUUGGGCUCAGUCGGCAUGGCCGUCUCACUAGCUGGGCUGGGCCUGGGCUCGAAAUUUCUAGAGUAUUCCAAUAGCAAGCCGGGCUGGGCCAUCGCGUUGUGCGUGGUGGCUGUGUGUGCUGCAGUUUCCUUCUUCUCUAUUGGGCUUGGGCCCAUUACAUGGGUUUACUCGUCGGAGAUCUUCCCAUCGAGGUUAAGGGCCCAAGGCUCGAGCCUGGCGAUUUCGGUGAACCGGCUGGUGAGUGGGUUGGUGGCCAUGACAUUUCUAAGCAUUUCCAGGGAGAUAACAUUUGGGGGAAUGUUUUUUGCUCUCGCCGGAAUCAUGGUUUUGGGCACGGUUUUCUUUUACUACCACCUGCCGGAAACCAAAGGGAAGAGCUUAGAAGAGAUUGGGGCUCUCUUUGAGGAUGAAGUUCAUGAUCAGAAAUCAUAAUUAAUCCUCUAAACUCCUCGUCUCUUGGUACAAAUUUUUGCUACAUUUCAUGUGUCUUCAACUAAAAUAGUGGUCCAAUUUCUUUGAAAUGUCUUGUGGCCGGUGUGGGGCAUAUGUUGGAAUUUCAGUGAGAUGCAUGGCCGCCGGCCGGGUCGGCCGGGACUAGUUAUUGCCCGAGAGGAGGAUGGAAGCAAUGCUGAAGAGAUUGGCAAAUUCUUGGAUAUAUAUGGGCAUAUGGGAAAGUAACUUCAAAGCAUUAGUGGAUGGAUUGGAUAAAACUUAGAAAUACUUUCGAAUCAUCUUACACUAUUUUUGGCUGUUCCAUUGAGAGGGUUUGGCGGUUUGCUUGUAUUUUGGUCUUUCUAUUUCUUGAGCAUGUAUAUAUAUAUAUUUAUACAAAUGAAGUUUGUGUAUGUUUUAAGGGAAAAUUAC